GAGAUCGGUGACGCCCACAUCUCGGUGCGCUUCAAGCACGGCAUCCAUACCAUCUACCUCUUUGUCGACUCCCUUGAGCCCUUCUCCAGCGUCACCAACCAGCUCCUCGAUGUUCUGACCGAGAGAUACCCCAACGGACUGACCACGUCAAUCGCGCCCCCAAAGACGACCUCCGUCACCGAAGGCGCAAUACUCGCCUAUGGCGCGCUCAAGAAUGCCAACGACCCCACUGCGGGAUGGAAGAAGCUCAGGAUCGGGAAUGGGGACACACCGAACAAGCUGGGGUUGAAGAACAAUAGUCUGAUUGCCUUUGCGGUGGUGGAUGACGAAGACGAGGAUCCCGUGUUUGAAGUCGAGUGGCCUAGAGAGGAUGAGGAGCUGUAUGAGCAGCAGUGA